UUUGGAAGACAGCAGACAAAGUUUGGUGAGUGAAUAAAAGAGAAACUCCCUGGGAACACUGAGUCCCCAGGAAUAUAUGUAUAUUACUGAAGGGAUUCUCAGGUUGGGGCCCACAGAUCCUUCAGGUAGGUUUAUGAAGCCACACAAAAUGUUCAGUAUCUGUUUAUCUUCAUCAGCUUCUCUGAAGGUGCGUGAUUUUAAAAUGGUUAAGGACUGACACUCCCAGGGCAUCUUCUGGGGUGAAAGCUAUGGGCUUGCCCUCUGAGCACUGCGGUGGCCGGUCCCCUAGGCCACCUUUCACCGUCACUGGUUUUCUCUCCCAGAUUUAGCUCUGCCAAAAUGAAACGCCUGUUCCAACCUCUCAUCGUUUCUCUCAUCCUAAUGUCCAUGCGUGGGAGCAACAGCCUGGCCAGUCAGCUUGAGAAAGGAGGGGAAGGUUCUCCAUCAGCAGAUCCCCAGUGGGGGCAGUUAAGUAGUCAAAACCUGAGCAUGCCCCUUCUCCCCGCCGACUUCCACAAGGAAAACACGGUCACCAACGACUGGAUCACAGAGGGGGAGGAGGACGAGGACUAUCUGGACCUAGAGAAGAUAUUCAGCGAAGAUGAUGACUAUAUUGACAUCAUUGAUGCGGUUUCGCCAACUGAUUCAGAGGCCGGUGCUGGGAACAUCCUCCAGCUCUUCCAAGGCAAGAGCCGGAUCCAGCGUCUCAACAUCCUCAAUGCCAAGUUCGCUUUCAAUCUUUACCGAGUGCUGAAGGAACAGGCCUGUGCUUCUGACAACAUCUUCAUAGCCCCAGUGGGCAUUUCCACGGCCAUGGGUAUGAUUUCCUUUGGCCUGCAGGGGGAGACCUAUGAACAAGUGCACUCAAUUUUGCAUUUCAAAGACUUUGUCAAUGCCAGCAGCAAGUAUGAGAUCAUGACCAUUCACAAUCUCUUCCGUAAACUGACUCAUCGCCUCUUCAGGAGGAAUUUUGGGUACACACUGCGGUCAGUCAAUGAUCUUUACGUCCAGAAGCAAUUUCCAAUCCUGGAUGACUUCAAAAGAAAAGUAAGAGAGUACUACUUUGCAGAGGCCCAGGCGGCUGACUUCUCAGACCCUGCCUUCAUACUGAAAACCAAUAACCACAUUCUGAAGAUCACCAAGGGUCUCAUAAGAGAUGCUCUGGAGAAUAUAGACCCAGUUACUCAGAUGAUGAUUCUAAACUGCAUCUACUUUAAAGGAUCCUGGGUGAAUAAAUUCCCAGUAGAAAUGACACACAAACACAACUUCCGGUUGAAUGAGCGAGAGAUGGUCAAAGUUUCCAUGAUGCAGACCAAGGGGAACUUUCUGGCAGCAAAUGACCAGGAGCUGGACUGCGAUGUCCUGAUGCUGGAGUAUGUGGGGGGCAUCAGCAUGCUAAUCGUGGUCCCGCACAAGCUGUCUGGGAUGAAGACCCUUGAGACACAACUGACGCCCCAAGUGGUGGAGAGAUGGCAGAAAAGCAUGACAAACAGAACUCGAGAAGUGCUUCUGCCGAAAUUCAAGCUGGAGAAGAACUACAACCUCGUGGAGGCCCUGAAGUCAAUGGGGGUCACGGCACUAUUCGACAAAGACAGCAAUAUGACAGGAAUCUCAGACCACAGGAUCACCAUCGAUCUGUUCAAGCACCAAGGAACCAUCACGGUGAACGAGGAGGGCACCCAGGCUGCUGCCAUGACCACGGUGGGGUUCAUGCCGCUGACUACCCAAGUCCGUUUCACUGUCGACCGCCCCUUCCUCUUCCUCAUCUAUGAGCACCGCACCAGCUGCCUGCUCUUCAUGGGGAGAGUUGCCAACCCCACCAAGUCUUAAAGGUGGAGGUCUGGGUUUUGGGGGCACUGUGUAAUUCUG